AGUGUAUCCAGUGACGGACACUUGUUGGUGUGACACCUGGCGGCUCAUGUGUGAUUCAGAGACUCGGUUACUCAACAAGUCGGAGAAGACGUCAUGAUAAACUAAGUCUUUACGCACUUCUUCUACACGGAGCUCCGUCAUGUCCGCAGCGGUCGCGCGGCUGCUCUUCUACCCGACGUUAGGCUACAAUGUGCUGAUGGAGAAAGUUUCCAGCCGCCGCUGGUUCGACCGAGUGGAUGAGACCGUGAUCGUGGGAGCACUUCCGUUCAGAUCCAUGACAUCACAGCUCGUAGAAACAGAAAAUAUCCGAGGAGUCGUCACCAUGAAUGAGGAGUAUGAGACCAAAUAUUUCUGUAACUCGGCUGAGGAGUGGCGUGAAGCAGGCGUAGAGCAGCUGAGGCUGAGCACCGUCGACCUCACCGGUGUCCCCAGUCUGGAGAACCUGCAUCGAGGUGUGGAAUUCGCCCUGCAGCACCGAGAGCAGGGAACCAGCGUGUACAUCCACUGCAAGGCUGGUCGCUCCCGCAGCGCCACGCUGGCAGCUGCCUACCUCAUCAGGUUACACUGCUGGACUCCAGAAGAGGCCUGUCGGAAGCUUGCGUCGGUUCGACCCCACGUCCUGGUGCGUGCCGCUCAGCUGCAGAUGUUGCGGACGUACUACCAGCAGGUGUGUGAACAGUCCAGCUGAGAGCGCGGGGCAACGUGUGGACGCCAUCAUGUUCCCAGCAGCUGGACUCAGUGGACCCAGUGGACUCAGUGGACCCAGAGACUGAAGACAUGAGACGAAGCUGCUGGUGAAUGAAUGAAUCCUUCACAUCUUAAUGUGAAUGAUAAAAACACACCCAAUGUUUAUUUUAAAUCAAAUAUCAAGAGUUUUAUUGGUAAAUAGCAGAUUUCACUUUUUACUUCAUGACACAUCAGUGAGAAGAAAUUAUAAUUUCAAAUUUUUAACCCCCUCAUUUCAUAAAACGACAAACUUUGAAGUAACUAAAAACAUCUGUACUCUCUGGUUUUAUCACCUGGAGCUAAAACAGAUUAUUUACCUUUUAAACAAAGUGAAUCACAUUAAAAAUAACAAAAACCCUUUGUUGUGAUUUUUCUUUCCUCCCAACCUGUCGUCCUGUUCCAGUGCCGUUAGUGUCCGACUUUCAGAAUAAAAUGUUUGUGUUGUAACAUUAAAGUGACGUUUUACUGCGUA